UGCCCGUCAGACCUGUUCUGACAGCGCGUGUGCCAGCUGCUGCAAUAAUCGCUGUCUGAAAAAGCUUCUUGCAUCUCCACGUUGCCCACCGCGGUACUGGUACCUUGCAUCCAAGGUGCUCAAGCUCGCCAGCCUUAUCUCCACCCAUCUCCGCGCCCUUAAGAUCAACGACAUGGCUGUUGCCUGAGCUGCCCAAGCCCUGCGCAACACCCUCGUGUGGAUCUGAACGACAUCUCUGACUGUCGCUGCUGACCCCAGCCGCCUGCGCUCGUGAUGGCUCCCAGGGCUCAUCUGUAUUCGCCGCAUCGUCCAUAACCGCAUCCCAGCAUCCACCGCCCAUAUACCGCCCGUGCCUGUUCCUGCAGCAGCCCUCCCGCACCAUGCAGCCUUCCUACACACGCCUUUCGCCGCGCACAGCCUCGGCCGCGAACAGCUUACAGACGAACCCCUCCCGAACAAACAACCAACGGUACGGCUCGCCGUACCCAGAGUCCGAUCCAUACAGCGACAGGGGUCCUGACGACGAAGACAGCGACAUGGCUCCCGCAGAUCAGAGAAAUAGCCAGAAGGUGAACCAGGUCAUUCAGAACUUCUUCACCAAGGCUGCCCUCACCAUCAUAUCAUCACGAGUCAUAUUACCACCGGCCUACAACAAUAGCGGCGGGAUACGACAGAACAAAUGGUUCAAUGUUGUGUUGGAUGAUAGCGAUGAGCUCCAGCAACAGCUCGCCGACUGGAAAAGCAUGGACGCUAUGGCCGGCCAACAUCCCCCUUUGUGCAUCGAGGUAUAUCUGGAUAUGAGAGCACUAGGACACAAGCAGUCGCUGGUCAUACGUGACGACGAAGGCAAGAGAUGGGAUGUUGCUCGGGCACUCGACAACGCCUCUUCGGGCCGCUCCGUCAAAGCAACACAAGUUGUACUUGAGCGCUGGACGAUCAACGUGAGCGACAAGUCCUCAGUGCACCCUACGGAGCUUAAUGAUCCUCUGCCGAAUGUGUACAAGAAGGCCGUCGUCUUGUUCCGAGCAUUGUACACCUAUAUACGCUUCAUACCAGCUUUUAAGUACUACAAGAGUAUUUCCAAGCAGCCCGCAAAUUUACCUGCGCUCAGACUAGCUUACCGGAUUACGAAUGGCGACUUCAAGAGUCCCCACGUCGACACCCUGAGCUUGCCACUAUACCAGUCGGAGGAAGCUGUCACCGAUCGUCAGGACUUUGGGCCUUCUCAUUCGCCUGUGGGCCCAUUGGGUAUAUCUGUGCAGUACCGCACAAACUGCGAGUUCAGCGUCGAAGAUUCAGAAUCGCUGUUAAGUUCCGAAUUCAUGGGGCUAGACAACACAUACUUCGAUCAACCACACCGAGGAGCCGUACCUGGAUCUCUCCCAGUAAACAAGAUGAACACGCAAGAAACACCAGAUGUUGGACAAGCGUACGGUAGCCUUUCUACAUUUCACCAAGUUGGCCCUGCCACAGGAACGAGCCCCAUUUCCGCUCUUCGUGCCGUUCGAGACAUGCCCUCAUCUUCCCCCACCGAAUCACCACCGCAAAAACUACCGCCGAACCACCGCACUGCUCAAGGCUCAAAGUCCUCAUUACGGUCCGGCGAUGUCCCGCAGUAUCAGCAGCGACGUACAUCAGUCUCGUUUCAACCUUUCAAAGCCGGUUCCUUGUCGUCGUCACCCGCACUUGGUCCAGCAGCAUUUCCGUCGCCAGGCAGCUCUCUAGGCCGACCGAGCAGUUCGUUUGGACGCACUAUCACCCCCAAUCCACUCCUCCAGGCUCGCAAUCGCACUUCAUUGACUGCCCUUCCCCAGCAAGCGUUGAGGACGCCGUCGUUGCCCAAUGAAACAGCCAUCGUGUCUUCUGCGUCGAGCUCGCCACGCCCUGCACCUAUCAAAUACAGCAGUAGUUUUGGGCAUCGAAGGAACCGCUUCUCCACCAGCGGUGGCAGCAAGACUGAGGAUGACAAUUUGAGCAGCGGUAAGGGUAGCGUCGCAUCUUCAUUGCAGCGCGGCUCGGAUGUGAUGAACGAAGGGGAUGGAGGCAGUUCUGGCGAAGUCAAGUCGGACGACGACAACAUCUCGGACUUUCUGAAAUUGCUUGAGGCAAAGAAGGAAUUGAAGAGCUUCAACCGCAAUGACAAUGCCUCCAAAGAAUCUGCCAUGCGUAGGACCACGGCCCAGCUGUCUAAGUAUCAGCGUCUCAAGGAUUCUCACGCAGCACUCUCCGAUUCUGUUUCUUCUUCUACCAUGUUACACCGGUCGUCUUCAUCGUCAAGUCGCCAGCUUUCCAGCGUUCCCGCCAUGAUCGCCGGAACCUCGGUGUCUACAGCUUCGUCUCCAGGCAAACCCAUCUCGCCCCACACACCGCACACGCCAGCUAUUCCGUCUCGUCUCAGUGCGAACAGUAUCAUCGAAUACGAGCCACGGCCUCGAAGAAGUCGGUCGUCUCGACCCAAUCGUGAGCAGGAGACCUCUGAAGCGCAGGAAUCGAACCAAGGGGCCGAUGCGAGUACCAAUGCCAUUGACAUUCCGACUUCACCCCGGCACUGGGAACGGAACUAUGCUCGUCGGUCAAGCUCGGUCACACAGCAGGACCGCACCUUACCCGAGGAUGAGACUGACAUGUAUGGACGCGCUGCUAGCCUCCCACUUACAGAGGCUGAGCGGGCCAAGGACCUGACUCCAAGCGGUCUCAUCGCUCAGGCAGAGGCCGGAAACAGCACAACACAGGACGACCAGGGCUCCGAGGAAAUUGAUCCCCUUGACCACGGUGCCCAGCAACCUUCGUCCUCAUCCAAUAUGCCUGCCAAGCGUGGGACAUACUCUGGCAGCUCGCGAGGCCGCACAAGCUUCUUUUCGCACGGCUCCUCGUCUGGUGCUACUAGUUCCACCGAACGACCCAACCGCUACAGCUUCUCGAGUCGUGGACUAGCUCCAGAAGACGACGAGCCUUUACUCUUUCAAAUGAGCGAGAUCGGCGCUGGUGGCUCGCGCCGCAGCCUCGAAGAAGCACCAGGAAGCUCUGGCUCUGGAGCCGCUGGCAAGCGCAUGUCACCCUGGGGUCGAUGAGCACCA